UAUACAUAUUAUUGUUUGUUAUUUUUGACUUAUAACGUAUCGAUGAUUGUGAUGACGAUCUUACGAUUAAAUUAUGGUUAUUAUUAUUACUAGCCCAGAUGCCGCCGUCUUCCGUCCACUAUAUCGCCGGAGUCAGAUUUUCACUAUUAUUCAAUUUCAUUUUCGUAGUUACACCGUUUAUUUGUUUGUGUAAACCGAAAGCUACCGUUGGCGCGUACCCUCCCGGGGAAAGUUCGUCGUAUUCCAACCUUUGUUUAGUAAUACUUCUUUUUUUUACCACUAGAACAGUUUUCAACAUCGGUGGGGUAAAUAUUCCUUCUGAAAAUUCUGUCUACUAGCUCUAUUGUCCUGUAAGGAUUGUUUUUUCAUCAAAAUGUAUAGCGUCCGUCAAACGAACUGCUAGAUUUCGAAGUAUGAAUUUGAUUUUUUGUUUUUUACUGAACACUGGCAAUCCAUUGAUAAAUCGAUUAAUUUUGUCCAUUACCAGAUAUUUAUUGAUUUCGUAUUUCUGUACUACAUCUAUGUAAUAUGGGGGAGUAGUAAUAAUGUUCUUUGAAAUUGCAGUUCUUCCAUGUGAGGGACAUAUUAAAAUUGGCAAAGAAAAAGUAAUUAUCAUAGGUAUACGAGUAUGUAUAGGCCACCUGGAAGCGAUAUCACCAUUUUUCGUCAUUAAUAGUCCUCCACAUGGCUUUUUAAAACCCAAAUCAACUGAUAUGGCUUUAUGGUCGAAGUAACAUAUGUACUGUUGAUCGUAUUGCGGGUCCCUAUCUUUAAUGAUUUUUCAGCUGCGUUAGAUACUGUAAAUCACAGCCAGCAAAAACUGUUUCGCGGCACCGCUCUUAGAGUUAUUAGUAUAUAUAAUGAUCGUAUCUAUGCUAUGUGCAUGAUGCAGAUGGUAGGAAAAACUUGGUGACCAUUAGGCAUAUGAGUAUCAUAUCAUAUCAUAUGGUGGUGGUGACGCGUAAACUGUACAGUCAGGGGUACCACAGGGUUCAAUUUUAGUCCCCACAUUGUUUCUAUAUAAGCAACGACCUUGAGUCGCAUCUCUUGGAAAAUGACAACUGUGAUAAUAUAAUCGUCAUUUCAUAAGCUGACGACACUAACAUGUCCUAAAAACUUGAUUCGUCCCAGGGUGAAGGGGCUCUGGAAAGCCUGAUAUCGACAUCCCGGAAUGCAAGAAGUAUUGGAGGAAUAUUUUUAACAAUUUGAUCAUGCACAACAAAUACUGGCAAUUUCCCUAGUCCUUAUCUAAAUACUUCCUUCAGUUGAUUUACUCCACCUCAUCAUCCCAUUGAUAAGAACAUUCUGACUGUACAACAGAGUUUAUUGAAUGUUAUAGCCAUAGGCUGUAUUUCAUAGUUUAAAAAACCUCAAGCAAACAAAAAUUAUUUAGAGAAAGUAAUUAUAAUCACAUGCAGCAAACAAAUGAACAUAAUCUUGUGUAAUUAAAGAUAAUUAAGCACCUUGUAUCCAACGUCAGCUAAUGAAUAAACAAAUCAGGUUUGGUAUGAGACUUUUCCCAGAGUAUGUAGUAUUUUUAAUCCAAUUGAAGAUGUGGUGCACUACGAAUUAAAUUUAGAUACAGUACCGAUUGGUUACAAAGCCACCAAUAGUUUUGUUAGCGAAUGAGAAUCUCAACUUGACCUAUUUAAAUUAUUUGGCAUUGACUGGUCACACGAGCAUCAUAUGAAAACAUCUGCCACCAUGUCGGCGAAUAUUCAGGAAAUAAGUAAAAAAAAUGGUCUAGUUCUAUAUUUCCACCCAUACUCGUAUUACUCGCACAAGGUGUUAAUGGCACUCCACGAGAAGCACUUACAGUUCGAUUCAAUCAUCAUAAAUCUCGUUAAUGAAACGCAAUACGAGCCGUGGUUUUUGAAAAUAAACCCGCGAGGCGAGGUGCCCGUCCUCCAAGAUACCGGGAAAGUGAUUCCGGAUUCGACCCGCAUCAUCGACUACUUAGAGGACAACUUCAGCAACGGUGACACACCACGACUACUCCCGAUAAACAAGGGGGUCGAAGUGCGGCAAAAAGUGAUACAUUUCCGGUCGCUUAUCGAUCCCUUACCCGCACGAAUAUUAACAAUGGGGUCGUUUCAUCACACAGAUUUUGUAUGUGGACCACGGCCACCUUUCAUUGGUCCAGUUCGCUCCAUGCUUUCAAAUGCUGAUAAAAAUGUCGCUACUGUACUUAAGGAACUGGCAGAGAAAUAUCCGGAAUAUCGAGAGAUCUUACUAAACAAAGCAGCGAUUCACGAACAGAAAAGUGGAAUGAUAAUUGAAAAGGCAGAGUAUCAAAAGGUGCUAAAGCAAUUCGAUGAUGCACUUGUGGAGGUUGAGAGUGAGCUGGCAUCGCAUACUGAGGGUACAGAAAACUGGUGGCUAUGCUGCGGACAAUUCACAAUAGCAGAUAUAGGACUAGCCAUUCUGUUGGAGCGGCUAAACCAACUUGGUUACGCAUCGUAUUAUUGGCGCAAUAAUAAAAAGCCAAAUAUUGAAAAGUAUUACGCCAGAGUGCAGCAAAGAGAUUCUUUCAAGAAGACGAUUCCAAAUAUUAAAUUUCACACACAAAUGUUUCUUUCCACAUACAAAAAGCAGCUCGCAAUAAGUAUAGGUGUCGGUUUAUGUGUAGCGAUUUUACUAGGAGGUGCCUACAUAAUUUUUAAACCUGAAAAUUAAUUAAAGAAUGCUCAAUAGUAGAUAAGGUGAUUGUACAACAAUUUAUUUUUAUAAGAGAUAAAAGCCAUAAUAAUUUA